AUGGCACCAAAGGAAAACUACACGCCUCAUCAAAUGUGCCUUGCAAUGGAAGCUGUUAGAAAAGGGGACAGUUAUUCAGCUGCAGCUGAGAAAUAUGGUGUACCGAGAAUGACCUUAAGGAAUAAAGUAAUGGGAAAGAGUCCUGCUAUCUGUCAUAUGGGUCCUCCUACAAUACUUUCUAUGAAUGAGGAAGCCAUAUUAAAAGAAUGGUUGUUUGCAAUGGCAGAACGACAUUGCCCGAUAGGAAAGGAACAGCUAUUAGAUUCUGUUCAACUAAUUAUAAAAUCUGCUAAUAGAAAAAAUCCAGGCAGGCAAUGA